UCUUCACCAAAUUUUUCGUAUCUCCGGUGUCUACUACGGCAACUCCACCAAGUUCCUUUGCCACCUUCCACAAAGUCAAGCAAAGCUGGAUCUUUAUCAAGUGCAAAUGUAAGCACAGGAGGUGGGCCAUUUAUGCUUGAUGUUUUUGAACCAAGAAAGAGGAAAACUAGUUCGGCGAUUGAAAAAGCAUUUAAUCUUGGAGCUCGUGAUGAAUUGCAUAGUGAAAUUGCAAGAAUGUUUUACUCGGCCGGUUUGACUUUUCACCUUGCAAGGAACCCACACUAUGUUGCCUCUUACACUUAUGCCUCUAAUAAUGGUAUUAGUGGCUAUAUUCCUCCUGGUUACAACUUGUUGAGGACUACUCUUCUUCAAAAUGAGAGAGCAAACAUAGAGAGGUUGAUGAUUCCAAUUAAAGAUUCUUGGAAGGAAAAUGGUGUUACUAUUGUUUGUGAUGGAUGGACGGAUCCACAAAGGAGGCCAAUCAUCAAUUUUAUGGCUAUGAGUGAAAAUGGUCCUAUGUUCUUGAAAGCGGUAAAUUGUGAAGGUGAAUUCAAAGAUAAAUUUUUCAUCUCGGAGUUGAUCAAGGAGACCAUUCAAGAGGUUGGACCCGAUAAUGUGGUCUAAGUUAUUACCGAUAAUGCUCCUGUUUGUAGGAGUGUAGGAUUGCUUGUUGAAGUCCAAUUUCCAAAAGUAU